AUGAUGAUAUUCGGCGUCGUCGGUGCUGGUGCGAUGGUUGCCAUUACGAUCCAGUCAUUAUCAUUCGUCAGACACGCCUUUUACGAGACAUUCAAGUAUCUCCAUAUCAUGCUAGCAAUCUCAGUACUAGUUGGCAUCUGGUACCAUCUUAAGCUAGCCGGGUUGCACCAAACUAAAUACCUUAUCGUCGCCAUCGUCAUCUGGGCGUUGGAGCGUACGGUCAGGGUCCUCAUAGUAGUCUACCGCAAUAUGGGAAGGGGCGGAACCAAGGCCCUAUUGGAAGCCUUGCCCGGAAACGCCGUUCGCGUCACCCUCGAUGUCGCCCGCCCCUGGACCUUCACACCUGGACAGCACGCCUACCUCUACAUGCCCUCCAUCGGCGCAUUUACAUCCCAUCCCUUCUCCGUGGCCUGGAGCCAAGAAGAGGAAGACCAGCUCGCAGGAGAUGGACUCGCCGGCAACAACAGGCAAGACGUCCUCGCCAUCCGCAAGACAACCAUGUCCUUCGUCAUCCGUGCCCGUACCGGCUUCACCAACACGUUAUUACAAAAGGCCGAAGCAGCUCCUGAAGGCAAGAUGUUCACAAGGUGUUUCGUUGAAGGCCCCUACGGCGGAGCGCACCUCAUGCGCUCCUACGGCACCGUCGUCCUCUUCGCCGGCGGAAUCGGCAUCACGCACCAAGUUCCCCACGUGCGUGACCUGGUGACCGGGUACGCCAACGGCACCGUCGCCGCCCGCAAGGUCCUGCUGGUCUGGAUCAUCCAGAGCCCCGAGCAUCUGGAGUGGAUCCGGCCGUGGAUGACGGAGAUCCUGGCGAUGGACAAGCGUCGCGAUAUCCUGCGGAUCAUGCUCUUCAUCAGCCGUCCGCGGUCGACAAAGGAGAUUCACAGCCCCUCGGCGACGGUGCAGAUGUUCCCCGGUAGGCCGAACAUCGAGACGCUGCUGGAUAUGGAGAUCGAGAACCAAGUUGGCGCUAUGGGUGUCUCGGUCUGCGGUAGCGGCUCGCUGAGUGACGAUGUGAGGAGCGCUGCGAGGAGCCGCCAGCAUAAGUCGAACAUCGACUUUGUGGAGGAAGCAUUCACAUGGUAG